UCGGCUAUCUAUUCUAUCUAUAGCAUCUAUGCUGGUUAUCAGCUGUCACUUUCAAAGCAGAAUAAAAAUUGAUAAAGUAGUUGCCGUCAUUGAGUUAUUAAUAAUUUUGUUCUGAAUAGAUCGAUUUUUGAUUAAUCUUUUAGUUCCAUGUAGACGACAAUUUUCUAGGCUCAAUUCAGAACCGCCUAUCCGCCUCAGUAUUAAAUAGUACUUGAUAAAGGAAUCCGUUGAUAAACAAUAAGAAGAAACAAUGUUGUCUACGCUGAGAAUCUCGUAUAAAAAUCCCAAUAAGAUGACUCUCCUAUGCUGUGCAACUUGCCAGAACUAUCGAAAUUCAUCAAAUAAAGUCGGGCCAUCAGACCUGAACGACCAGUACAUCCAGAAAAGCAUAGUGCCAACUUUGCACUUCCAAAAAUCCCUUCCUCGUCUACCGGUGCCAAAACUGAGCGACACUUGUAACCGCUACCUCAGGGCACAGAAACCGAUUCUGAGUGAGGACGAUUACUCGAAAACGGAGAGACUUGUGCGAGAUUUCGAGAAGAACGACGGAGCGAGACUGCAGAAGGAACUGAAGGACCAGGAUGCCAAAAAUAACCACACCAGUUACAUAUCGAAGCCUUGGUUUGACAUGUACCUCACUGACAGGUCUCCAUUGCCGAUAAACUAUAACCCGUUUCUAGUGUUCACCAAUAAUGAGGACUCUCGGUACAAUGAUCAGCUCCUGAGAGCUACUAAUCUUGUAGUGUCUUCUGUGAGGUUUCUCAGAUCUUUGAGAGAGAACCUUCUGGAGCCUGAAGUGUUCCACUUGAAUCCGAAAAAGAGUGACACUGAGUUCUUCAGAAAAUUCACUCGCGCCCUGCCUUCUGCCAUCAGUUGGUAUGGCGCUUAUCUCAUGAAGGCCUAUCCACUGGACAUGUCACAGUACAAUAAUCUUUUUAAUGCAACAAGAAUUCCAAGUCAAGGCAAAGAUUACCUGUACCAAGAUGUUACCAAGAGGCAUAUUGUCGUUUUGAGGAAAGGACACUUCUAUACCUUUGACAUCAUUGAUAAUAAUGGUAACUACGUUGACCCCUCUCUGAUCUACAACAGCUUCGAACACAUCCUCGCACAAGAACCGUCAGAGAGUCCACUGGGCGUUCUGACCACCCUGGAGCGUGACCGCUGGGCGAACGCGCGAGAACGCCUGCUGGAAGCGGGGAACGCGGAGCAGUUACAAGCGGUCGACAGCGCGCUGUUCGCGGUCUGUCUGGAUGACCGCCCGACCGCCGACGAGCAUGUGCCUGUGGUCAGGGAGUUCUUGCAUUCCGAUGGUCUCAACAGGUCAGUUCGUGUUAUUUGUCUCAUAAUCAAAUACUUACUUCUGCUUCUACCUUUUGCUCAUGAGCAAAACCUUAUGCUCCUUGCUCUUGCUCAUGAGCAUUUGCUCUGGUUUUAUUCAUAUGGGCCAGUGUGUCAUGCACUUUUGGAUUGCUGGAUAUCUCGUUUUGGUUUCCCAGAAACUGUGACAACAGAUCGCGGGACACAAUUCACUUCCAACCUCUUCAACACAUUCGCCAAGCUAUUUGGGAUUCGACUCAGAAGUACAACAAGUUGGCAUCCUUCAUCAAACGAUUUCAAACUGAAUGACGGUAUCAAGAAGGAUGUGAAUGAAGCCAAAGAGCUGUACAAUAAGUUUACCAACUCCCUCGAUGUGGGAUUGUACGAAUUUAAAACUUUUGGUCGCAAUUUGUGCAAAACUCAUCGUAUCAGUCCUGACUGUGUGAUGCAGCUGGCGUUCCAGUUAGCUCACGAUAAAUUAGCGAGGAAGCAUGUGGCUACUUACGAGUCUUGCAGUACUGCUGCCUUCAAACAUGGACGCACUGAAACAAUGAGACCUUGCACCAUUGAAGCUGUGAAAUUCUGUGAUCUAUUGAGUCAAAAGAAGCAGUCUGAUGUGGAAACUAUCAGAAAAGUAAUUGCCGAGUGUUCCAAAGUUCAUUCUGAUUUGGUCAAGGAUGCUGCCAUGGGCCAAGGUUUCGACCGACACUUGUUCGCCCUAAAUACUCUUGCAAAGAAGAACGGCAUGAAGGUGGACCUGUUCGAGGACCCUGCCUAUACGAAAAUAAACCGCAACAUUCUCUCAACCUCCACUCUGUCCUCUGAAGUGGUGCACCUGGGGGCGUUCGGACCUGUUGUCAGCAACGGUUAUGGCAUUGCGUACUCUAUCUGGAAUGACAGGCUAGGUGCAAUAGUUACAAACUAUAAAGAGCACACAGAUGGCACUGGCUUUAUAACUUGUUUGGAAGAGGCUUUGAACGAUUUGUACAAGAUUUUGAAAUAAUGGAAAUUUGGUGGAAGCACACGAAAAAAAAUCCAACCAGGCACACUUCUGAGCCGCGCCAGUCUGGAAAAUAUUCUGAAAUAAACUGAUCAGGCUUUAUGCUAGAUAAAGUAUCAGGACCAGAAAAUAUCCAGAGCUAAACACAGUACAAUGAUGGCUGCAAGCUAAAAGAAGUAUCAGGACCAGAAAAUAUCCAGAGCUAAACACAGUACAAUGAUGGCUGCAAGCUAAAAGAAGUAUCAGGACCAGAAAAUAUCCAGAGCUAAACACAGUACAAUGAUGGCUGAAAGCUAAAAGAAGUAUCAGGACCAGAAAAUAUCCAGAGCUAAACACAGUACAAUGAUGGCUGCAAGCUGAAAGAAGUAUCAGGACCAGAAAAUAUCCAGAGCUAAACACAGUACAAUGAUGGCUGCAAGCUAAAAGAAGUAUCAGGACCAGAAAAUAUCCAGAGCUAAACACAGUACAAUGAUGGCUGCAAGCUAAAAGAAGUAUCAGGACCAGAAAAUAUCCAGAGCUAAACACAGUACAAUGAUGGCUGCAAGCUGAAAGAAGUGUCAGGACCACAGAUAACGAAAACUGUAGAAAAUUACGGAAAAUAAUUAGAUCUUAAUAGGGGAAAAUAAUUCUAGAUGAAUAGGGGGAAAUAGCUGAAAGAAGUAUUAGGACGACCGACUACUAAAAUACCAUCUGAUGGGGAACUAACUCAACACUCGAGAUCUGAAACUGUUAUUGAUAAAUCUUUGAGUAAUUGACAACAUAUUUGUCCCGGUUUCCAGGACACUUAUUAAAUCGAAUAUAGAUUUGAUGAUCCAUCAGAUUUAAUAAGUGUCCAAGAAACUGGGCCCAAGAAACUUGGAUUAAUCUUCAAUCAAAACUUUUCUAUAUUAAAAGAAAAUCAUACAAUAUACGGAAGAAAUUUGGAGUAAUCUAUCAUCAAAACAAAACAGUAUGAUAGAGUAUAACCAGACAAUUGAUACUUACGCUAUAUUUUCUCUAUGGUAUAACAGUAGGCCUAUGAUCUUCUUUAAUUUGAUAUGAGUAGUAUGAAAUAAUAUUUCAAUUGAACGGAAUUCAUUUUCGGUUGAAUAAAAACUAGAAUCUAGUGACUAGCAAAUAUACUCCGUACAAAAUUACUUCUGACUUGGGAGGGAUACGCGCAGCAGAUAAGGAAUACAGAGGUACGAAUACAACGGCGGUGAUGUUGCCGUUCUGAACCGGCCAGCAUUUUCUAAUUUCUAGUGAGUAUUCAAGAGCUCAUGUUAAAUUUACGGAGUUUCCUCUCCGAAAGCCUUCAGUCGAUUCGAUCGACAAAUUGGCAACUGCGCUUCUACCUAUGACUCUAUUCAUCACAGUAAUUGGCUGAUCUCCCUCCAUUUCUCUGGGCCGUAUAUUCCUCCAAAAGGUCACAAGUUAUUUUGUACUGAGUAUAGUCAUUGGUUCUGGCUAUACAAAUAAUACAGAUGACUCGAAUCCUAGCAUUUGCUCGAAAAUUACUUAACUAGCAAUUACUAGCUGCUAUUGACCUUGAGUUUUCGAUUAUUCAAAGAUUUAUUUGUACCUAAUAGACCAAUACAUUCUGACUGGAUGAACAAAUACAAGGUAUUAAUCACAUCAAUAUGAUUUAUUAUUUAUCUUCUUAUAGGAUUUAAAUCUCACUGAUUCAGUAUAUAUUGUAAGUUACUGUAUUAUUUUAAAUUUUGCCAAUUUUUUAUUCUACAAUAGUAUUAAGUUAUUAGUAAGACUCAAAACAAACAUCGAUUUAAUUUCCCGGGCUGACAAAUAAUUUGUGUAUAGUAGCGCUCAUCGAAUUUCCAUCUAGCUGUUUACCCUGUUGUCAAUAUUUGCAGUAGCAGUCUUCGAGGUGAUUUACAUCAUUUAAUUGGGAUUUCGUUUAAUAAUGAUUAUCGCUUUAAUUCAUUAAUAUCAUUUUACCGUAUUCAAAUAUUAAAGUAUUUAUUAUUAUAAUUUAAAUAUACCUAAGACUCCAAAUGAAGUAUUGAAUAUAGAAAUCAUUUAUCGACUGAAACAUUUUAUAACUACAAUCAAUAUUCCUGGAGGAUUUUUUUUGGAUGAUUACCCACGUGAGCUUACAGCUUGUGCGUGAGUAAUGGAAAGUUUAGAAGGUAAGAGGUGACUUACAGGUGAAAGUCACAAACGUGACUGAAUAUGUGAAUAAUACCCAUUGCUUUUUCCAAGACUGGAAUUUUCUUGAUGAUUAAUUUACAACAGUAUGUUAACCUACUUAAACAUUUGCAAGAAUAUAAACAAAGUAUUAUCUCAUUCGCUGUAGAUUCUAUUCAACUGACGAAUAUCAAAUAACUUUAUCAUACCUACAGAUUCAAUGUAUUAAUUUCAUCAUUCCUCGAUCAUUUUAAAAAUGAAAUGGUUUUCUGAUUUCUCAUCAAUUAUUAUGCCAGCUUGUAUCAGGUUCAUAUCCAAUGUAGAAGAUCCUAAUCGAUAAAUAUACGUUUUUACUAACAUUUGUUAACUUUUAUUUCUGUAAUUAUUAUUCUAUUAUGCAAUCUAUAUUAUCAAUUUAGAUUGAAAGAAAUCAUUACAAAUCCAUCUCAUUUUUCAAUUAAUUCAAAAAUUCAAAUUGAUUUAGAAUAUAAAUAGUUUAAUUCUAUUGUCAUCUCAUGUGGAACAAGAACUGAUAUAGACUUGAUCAGCACCUCCUAAAUAUUAUUUAGGAGGUCCUGACUUGAUCUUCAAGUCAGUUUGGAGAGCAUUAUCAUCCAUUCUUUCAAUUUUAUACAAAGAGAAUAUUAUAGAAUCAAUUGAAAUAACAGUCAAUUAAAUACAGAACUAGGACCAAUUCAUUUCCCACUGCCAGCAUAUUGAAAUGUUAGCAUAGCUUCAAUAUCACUGUAUUUCAAGACUGCAUAACUAGAUACCGUAUGACAUGUAUUAUCUUUCCCAGUGAGUUUCGUAUUAUUGAAUGUUUAAAACUCCUCAGUAUUGAAGCUUGAUCAUAAUUCUCUCGUAUUUUUAUUAGCAAUUAUUUGAAAACUCAUCGAAUUCUCUUUUAAAUGUAUUAUUCAUUUUAUCUUACUGUGCCUCGUUUUAUCACUGUACUCUAUGCUUCAAGUUAUUAUUUAUUAAUAUAUUAUAUUUUUUCAACAAAGUAGCAUUUUACUAUAGUUUUUUUUGUUAUUAUAUUAUUUUAAAGCAGCCAUCACAUAAAUCCUCCGUUUUACCUUAUGUGGCGCUUUGUGUUUUAAUUUUUCUUUUAUUAUACUUUGUUUUAUCACCGUAUUCAGUGCUCCAAGUUAUUAUAUUUUUUCAACAAAAUAGCAUUUUACAAUAUUAUUUUUUAUGUUAUAUUAUUUUUAUAUUCUAAUAGCCAUUGUAUAAAUCCUCCGUUUUACCUUGUGGCUCUUUCUGUGCUUUAUUUUUAAUAGAUAUUGUGCUGUAUACUAUUUUAGAAUAAUUUUAGUUGCUCAGGUUAUUGGUAUAUUUUUAAAAUUUAGGUUUUUAAUGUGCUCAGUUGUUAUAUGUUGUCCAAAUAAAUAUAUUUUAAUAAUGUUGAAAA